AUGAUGAUGAUUUUAAUUAUGUGAUAAAAAAUAUCAUUGAAUCUCGAAAAAUGAACACUUGCCUUCAAAUAAGACGUAAUGAUAUGUUUAUAUAUUUUUUAAAUUUAUCUGAUCACCAAAUUUUCAACGCAUCUGCACUUCUUCAAACAAUGACAUAUUCUCAAGGAGAUCAUAAAGGAGAAAUAAUUUUUAUCCAUUUACAAAAAAAGGCAUAUGAGUUUAUAAAUGCUAGUUUUAAUAAAAAUAAUCAUACUAUCGGUGUAUUAGAAUUAAAAAAUAAAAACUUGAAUCAGCGUUUAAAAAGACUUAAGUCUUCUCGUUCACUUUCGGUACAA